AUGGCUGGUUUUUCUCAGAAGCCAAUAGGAAAUUCACAAGGCAAACUGGCAAGAGGCUCAUCAGGUAGCAUUCAGCCUUUGCUUCAAGUAAUGAAGGAGAUAUACUGGGUUGAAGUUAUUAAACUGUAUAAGAAAGCAAAAGAAUCGUGUCUUGAGCCACCAAAUGCUGAGCUUUCUGUGAAAUAUGAAAACACCAGAGUGUUUGUGGAGAAAAUGAUCAAGUUCCUUCAAAUGUCUAAAGUGGAUUUUAUUCAACAUUCAAAGGAGAAAGUUUGCCAAUACAUGAACCUUAUAACAAAUUACCUUGAUGAAGUAAGAAUGAAGAAUUCUGCUACAUUGCAGAAGCAUCUGCAGCAACUUCAGGUACCUAGAACACCUCCAAUAAUGCAUCAAACAGGAAAUGGUGACUUCCAGUUCAAUCAGUCAACGUUAGGAUUAUCCGGCGGCACUCCUCAAUCAUCAUCACAGCUAGAGCUUUCCCACCCAAAAGCAAGCCUUCUCAAUUCUUCUGGGGAGGUUUCUAUUAAAGGCUGUGAAGCUGCAGAGACUUUAUCAAGAAGUUCAAAGCGGCCUAUGCACCAAUAUAUAAUAAGCUGGCAACAAAAUGCAAACAUAUCUGCAUCGUCGUCUCAAUCUAGUUCUCAAAGUGAACAGGAACAGAGACCUUUAAGAUUGCCAGGGUCAGUGGCAAAUCUGGACAGCACUCUAUCCAAUCGUGAUCAUGCAACUUCCCCGCCUGCAAAUACUGUAAAUCCCUUUGCUUCUGCAUUGACACUAUCACAGAAAACGAAGCAACCUAUGUGGCAGGCAAUUCCCUUGUUUACGAAUAUUGCUAGUGCCCUUGGCUCUCCAUUGACACAAUUACAGAAAGUAAUGCAACUUGAGGGUCAGAUAGUGACUGAGCAAAAGAAAUUGACACAGAAAUCUAACGAGGUGAAUGAAUCCAAGUCAAAUUCAAGCCAACUUCAGCCUGCAUCUCCUCAAAAUUCUCAGCAAUCUUUUCCACUAUCUGCAAUAUCUCCAUCCAUUGCUCUGUCACCUUUAACACCCUUAACCCCCUCCUCUAUGUCUGAGAGUCCCCAGAAGGUUUCUUCAAGUUUAGGACUAUCAUUAUUUGCAGGAGGCAUAAAGGCCCCCAAGAUACAGUCUGAGCCAGACAAAUUGGAUUCCCAGUCAAUCAAUACAGUUGGAGCGCAUAACAUGCCCUUAGUCAUGAAGAGCAUUCACUCAGAAGGCAAUCAGCAGCCUAAAAGAGCCUUUGAAAGAUUGCUAGAUGCGAUAGGAUCAAUAUCAAAAGAAUCAUUUUGUGCAUCUGUAUGUGACAUUGGUAAUGUUGUCAAUAUGAUUGACAUGAGAGCUGGAACAUUGUGCUACCCAGACUACAGAGGUUCAAUUGGUGAUGAUCUGAUGGAUGAUGUUAGAUGUUUUCUCCGGAAAGCUAAGCUACGUCGACAUGGAACUAUGAUGGAUGAUAAGAUGAAGCGCAAUAUAAAUGCCACUGAUUCAACUGCUUUUUCUAGAUCACUUCAGGGAAGUGAUGGUAUGGAUUGGGCAAACAACAUGUCACCAGAAAUUGUGGCCAAAGCAACUUCUAUUAUCAAAUGCCCAAAUGCUGAGCUCAAAAGUAGAGUAUUAGAAGAAAUCAAAGAAACAAAUCAAAAGCUUGUUGAAACGCGAGUAGAGAUGGUUGUUGAUAGCAGUGAAGACAAUGUUCACAGACUCGGAGCCGAAGAAAAUAUCAUCAUUAGGUGUUCAUACUCUCCUAUGGGUUUCUGUGAGAAUACACUUCAACGAUGCACUUCAUCUGGAAUAAUGUUCCCAGAGAUGCUAGUUCUGCAGCUGCUCGUCCUGGGCAACUAUCCUAAAGCAUCACCUAUAGUGUUGGACAAGUCACCUGACCUCUUUAGCACUGAAGAAGUGAGAAAUGGAUACAGGGAAGUGAAGCUAAGGUUCAACAUGUCUCUCCGUCAACUUUCUGAACCCAUGUCGAUUAGAGAAAUGGCGAAAACGUGGGAUAUUUGUGCACGACAAGUUUUUGCGGAGUUUGCAGAGCGAAUGGGUGGCGGCAGCUUCAGCUCACCACAUCAGUGCGCAUAUGUUGUACAAGUGGAGCUUUACAGGGGUAUUGGUAGGCUUGGAACUGUUCGGAUUUAUUCUUUGAUCAAGAGAUCAGGGAAGGUCAUUGCUCAUUCACCAUUGUUAGGAUUGACUUCUAUGCCUCUUGGGGAUCCUUGGAAGAUUGUUCGUCAUGAUUCCAUGCCUAAAGACGUAGUCCUAGUCGAUGUUGAACCGACGAUAGGGAAUCAUGCUUGUUGUAAUUCAUUGCACCCGGACAUAGUCGAGCUUGGACUCUUUGAGUACGUAGUUUGA